AUGGAUUUUGAAGAUGCUUUGUUGGAUUGCAUUCCUGAAGAUGUUGGAAGUUUAUUUCAUUUAAGGUAUUUAAGUUUAAGAAAUACCAAAGUUAAAAUUCUUCCAAAAUCCAUAGGAAAGUUGCAAAAUCUGGAGACUCUAGAUCUAAAGCAGUCCAUAGUUUUUGAUAUACCAAUUGAGGUCAACAACCUUCGUAAGCUAGGAUAUUUUGUAGCUUUCAAUCUUGAUUUUGAAAAAGAAAACAGUUUGACUUUGGGAAAAGGGGUAAAGAUACAAAAGGGAGUUGGGUGUUUAAAGAACUUGCAAAAGUUGUAUUAUGUGGAGUUGAAUCAUGGAGGGGUUGAUCUUACUAAAGAGUUGGGAAAGUUAAGACAAUUGAGGAAGCUAGGCGUGAAAAACCUGUCAAAGGAAACCAUGACGGCUUUGUGUGCCUCUAUUGAAAAUAUGAACCGCCUUCAAUCUCUUGAUGUAACCUUAAUUAGCGAAGAUGAGAUAGUUGAUUUAAAAUUCAUUUCAUCCCCACCACAAUUUCUUCAAAACCUGCAUAUAAAGGGGCGAUUAGAGAAGUUACCAGAAUGGAUUUCAGAACUUCAACAUCUGGUCAAACUAAAGAUUUUAUGGUCUAGGUUAAAUGAUGACCCAUUGAAAGUCCUUCAAAAUCUACAAAACUUACGGGAGCUCAUGAUCUCACACCAAGCAUACAACGGAGAACAUUUGCAUUUUAAGCCUGAAGGGUUUCCAAAACUCAAGUGGCUAUGGAUUAGACACUUAAAUGCAUUGCAUACGCUAUUGAUAGAUGAAGGAACAUUGCCUGUUCUUGAAUUUUUUUCCAUUGGGUAUUGUCCGCAACUUAAAGAGGUUCCUUCCGGAAUCCAACAUCUGAAAAACCUCAAAGAAUUGGGAUUUUGGGGGAUGCCCAAAGAAUUUGAAGAAAGUUUGGAUCCUGAGCAAGGGCUACAUUACUGGAUUGUUGAGCAUGUACCAGUCAUUAUUCUCUUCUGGAAGCUUUGUACAGGAUAUUAUGGCCAUGACAAACACAAUCUUCGUUCCAAGCAUUUGGUGGGGUCAAGAGGGCAAAGGCAAACAUUCAACCAGAAUGAGUUUAGAUGCUAA